UUCGACUCACCUCUGUCCGUCACCAGCUCCUUUCGCUUGCGACGCCUUCACUUGGUCCAGAGACUCCUAGUCCUGCCUCUCCGAUUCCCCCCUUCUUUCAUCUCCAAUCGCUCCCAAUUGAGCUCCUUUCUACCUCCUCCUCCUUCACAAUGGCUUCCUCCGCGCGAGCCAUGACGGCCCUCUCCAGGGUCGGCCACAUGGCACCCAGCAGUCGCAUCGCAGCUCGCGCCCUCUCGACUGUUUCCAAGACCUCUGCUCGACCUUCUGUCGCCAUGAGACUGAACAAUACUGGACGCAUUGCCUUUCGAAGGGCUUACGCUGACGAAGCCCCCAAGCCCAGACCUGGCAAGAUUCGACGAACCCUGCGAUGGACAUGGAGGAUUACAUACCUCUCUUUCGGUGCUCUCGUCGGUUACACAUGCUACGUUAUCUACGAUGACCGUCACCCUCAAGAGCAGUUCCAGCCUGACCCCUCCAAGAAGACUCUUGUCGUUCUCGGAUCCGGAUGGGGCUCUGUUGGUCUCCUGAAGAACCUCGACACCGAGAACUACAACGUCAUCGUUGUCUCUCCCCGCAACUACUUCCUCUUCACCCCUCUCCUGCCUUCAUGCACAACCGGUCUCAUCGAGCACCGCUCUAUCAUGGAGCCUGUUCGCACCAUCCUCCGCCACAAGAAGGGUGCUGUCAAGUACUACGAAGCUGAGGCUUCCUCCGUGGACCCUGACCGCAAGAUUAUCAAGAUCAAGGACAACACCGAGGGCAAGGGCCCCCAGUCCGAGACCGAGAUUCCUUACGACAUGCUUGUCAUCGGUGUCGGUGCUGAGAAUGCCACUUUCGGUAUUCCUGGUGUCCGCGAGAACAGCUGUUUCCUCAAGGAGAUUGGCGACGCCCAGCUGAUCCGCAAGAAGAUUAUGGACUGUGUUGAGCGAGCUUCCUUCAAGGGCCAGUCCCAGGAGGAGAUCGACCGCCUCAUGCACAUGGUCGUUGUUGGUGGUGGUCCCACCGGUGUUGAGUUCGCUGGAGAGCUCCGCGAUUUCUUCGAGGAGGAUAUCAAGAAGCUGAUCCCCGAUAUCAGCCACCGCUUCAAGGUCACUCUUAUCGAGGCUCUUCCCAACGUUCUCCCCUCUUUCUCCAAGCAGCUUAUUGAGUACACCGAAAACACAAUGCGUGAGGAGAACAUCGACAUCAAGCUCAAGACCAUGGUCAAGAAGGUGACAGAGGACUUUGUCGAGGCUGAGUUCGCUGGUCCCGAUGGCAGCAAGCAGACUCUCCGCAUUCCCUACGGUCUGCUUGUCUGGGCUACCGGUAACGCUGUCCGACCCAUCGUCCGUGAUCUUAUGGGUAAGGUCCCCGCUCAGAAGGACUCCCGCCGCGGUCUUGCCGUCAACGAGUACCUCGUCGUUCAGGGAACUCGCGACAUCUGGGCCGUCGGUGACUGCGCUGUUGCCGGCUACGCCCCUACCGCCCAGGUCGCUUCCCAGGAGGGUUCUUUCUUGGCCCGUCUGUUCAACAACAUGGCCAAGACGGAUACUCAGGAGGAGCGCAUCAAGGAGCUUAGCAGCAGCCUGAACCUCAAGCAGGGCAAUUCUGCCGAGAUCGCCGCUGAGAUUGAGUCUCUUGAGAAGCAGCUCCGCCGUAUCAAGGACGUCAAGCCCUUCCGAUACUCCCACCAGGGUUCUUUGGCCUACAUUGGUAGCGAGAAGGCUGUUGCCGAUGUUCCUUGGUUCAACGGCAACAUUGCCAGCGGUGGUGGUUUGACCUACCUGUUCUGGCGAAGUGCUUACCUUUCCAUGUGCUUCAGCACCCGAAACCGUGUUUUGGUCGCUGUUGACUGGCUCAAGUCCAAGGCCUUCGGCCGUGAUGUCUCUCGAGAGUAAACCUUCCGAUACGACAAACCUUUUUACGCGACGAGGUUCGAUACCCUGAUAUGAGCUAUGGUGGUGGUGGAUUCGAAAUUCAGUCUACACUGCCUAGCUUACGAUGAUCUGUUCUUGGGAGGGUGUGCUUGGAGCAUUGUGCAUAGGCCUAUGAAGCCUAACUGAGCCGGACUAAUAGAGGUCUGAUUGGAGUUGGGUUGGGGUUUGCAUGCUUCAUGGUGUAUACCUCGAGUUGGUCCUUCUUUUUGAUUGUUCUUUAAUUUUUCUUUGUUCACGGAUAUAGAUGGGAGAGGCAGGGCCCUUGUAUGACAUAGCUAGAGCGCGCAGAAAAGCAGGAAAAGCUUGUGAGACGUUGAAGAAAACGAAUGAAGAAGACUCGGCAUAGUGAAUCAAGAGUUGGCUCUUUUACCAGUGA